GAGUGGGAAGAAAGUGGUAUUCUAUACAUUGCUGACAUUUCCUUUUCCGGUAAGCAGGAUUGACGGAACAAAGAAAAUUUGUGGGUGAAUGGUAGUGUAGCGUUCAGUGUACAGUACCACCAUGGCAGAACCAACGCCCAAGCUCAGAAUAAUGAAAGGCGCAGAUCAAGAUCUGUCCGCCGCCACCUACCAAAUAUUCGACGAGUCGCACACGAUGGGCAACGCUCUGCGAUGGAUGCUCAUGAAGAACCCAAAAGUGGAGUUUUGCGGGUAUAGCGUGCCGCAUCCCUCGGAAAAUCUCAUCCAACUGCGGAUACAGAUGUACGAUAAACUCUCAUCCCUCACCGCACUCCUCGAGGCACUCGACAACCUGGAUGGCCUAUGUGUUGCCAUCCACGACAAAUACGGCGAAAGCCUCGCUUCAGGGGACUAUGAGCGUUGGGAAGAGAGAAGCUAGCUUUGUAUGCUCUGUUCACAUAUCUUCCUCUUAUUUUUUUUUUGCCAAAUGGUUUGAUUUACGAUGCCGUAUGUUGUAUUGUUUUACUCGCACUGAGGUUGGCUCAACGUUGAUUUCCUGACCAAAAUUU